CAGAUCUAAGAAAACUUAUCGCUAAACGUUCCUCCGAUGUUACCAUUUGUACAUCAGGAACGUGUAGAACGGCCGUAUUCUCCUACUGACGUGUAUUCAGAGGAUCAGAGUGGUGAUGACGAGCUCCGAGAGGGCUCCGAGUCCCCGGACCUCCUCCAGAGCCAGAAACGGCAGAGCGCGUUCUCUCGGCUCGGCCCCCUCACGCAGCCGAAGAAGCCCAAACUCACCAUCAACUUGCAGCUGAAUAAGGACCAGGCUGUCAGAGAGGUGGUGGAUGAGACGGACGAAUCGUUCCGCUACGUGCCCGUCCACCUCCGCAAAGACAUACUCGAGAGCGAGGACGAGAUCGUCAAGAAAUACCUGCCUUUCUGGCCGUGGAAGAAGAACCUGCAGCUUAGGAAGACCGUCUCCGCUAGGUUAUCUAAGUCUGUUAUGCUUUUGGAACAAGAACAGAUGGAGGCGGGAUAUGAAAAAGACAACGUGUUUAUACAGGUCGUGGUAACAGGAUACCCGAAGACAUGGACGAAAGAAGACGUCCUCGACGCAGUGCUAGACUGCGUGAAGGGCAAGAGCUUCAUACCGCUGUUCAUAGAGUUCACGUCGCAAAGAUGCAGGUUCCUUGUCAUCCGCUGCCACUCUGCGUUGGUCGCCAUACAUAAAGUGGGGUUCUGCAUACGCAAGGAUGACGUCGAACUAACGCUGAGCAUAUCGCUCACAGACACAGGACUGAACCAAAUAGAUCUGAUCCCUCGCCUGGUCUUACGCAGAAGACUGAUGAUCAUGUCAGACGAGACCAACGUCGACCUCACCGAGUUCCUCAUUGAAAAGGAUGUGAGCCACUUCGUGUAUUUCCCUCUAAACCGUCCUACGAACCAGAUGGAACUGAUCCAGCUGCAAAGCGCCGUGACGUGGGAGCACCUCACCGAGCUCAACCUGUCUCGGAACAGGCUCACUGCCAUUGACGGGUUCGACCUCCACAAGAACACGCCACGCCUCAAACGGCUCGACCUGUCCCACAACUACCUGGAGAAGGUCACCCUGCUGCUACCUAUUCGCGACCUACCGCUCCGCUCGCUCAGACUUGAGGGCAACCCGCUGUGUCGCGACUACAUCGAUCCUGCCCACUAUAUCAAGGUCGUUAGGAUGAUGUUCCAUGAGGUCAUGGAGUUGGAUGGUGUCCGUAUCACUCUAAAAGGCGACCUGCCAUCAAUGAGACGCAACUACUUGCCGGAGGCCGCGGCGGCCGUCGUCGAGAAGUUUCUAGAAACGUUCUUCCCCCUGCUCGAGGCGGGCUACGACGACCGAGCCGCGAUCGAGGACUUAUAUGACAAAGAGGCUGUCUUGACUAUCACGUUUAGAUAUAAGUUACGUUACGGCACAGCAUUCCGGUAUUUCCGGAACCUGUUCCUCCGCGCCCGGAGCCUCGAGGAGGGAGAGCAGGACAGCGUGGUGGGCGCCAGCUCCAUAGCCUCGCUCAUCUGCAAGUGGCCCGACAUCGAGCACGACAGAUACACCAUCUCUGUUGACGUCAUACAUCAUGACGACUUCACAACAAUCCUCCGCUUGGGCGGCGUACUGAAGCUCACAGCCAAGUCCUUAGCCGAGGACGAACACCUCCUAACGUUCACCAGAACCGUGGUGCUGCACUCGAAGAACGGGGCGGAGUAUAAGAUCACCAACGAGAUGCUGUACUGGGACGUGCCGAGAGAAGAGGUCACCAGGACUGCCUUCAAUAUUACCACGGUACGGCCAAAGCAACUAAGUCUCAAAUUGGAGUCGCCACCAGAUGAGGAGCUGAAGUCUAAACUAACCGAUAUAUUCGUCAAAUUAGCCGAUAUUGACAAAAAACGCGGGGCAAGAUGCUUGGAACUAAAAAAUUGGGAUCUUCGGAACGCGCUGGAUUACUACAUUAUGCUUCUCAAGCUAGACGAUCUAGCGCCGUUGUCGUCACCUAAAGACAGCACGCCAGCGCCACAAGCGUCGUAACAAAUUGUAGUAGUUUACUUAUAAAUAAGAGUAAUUUUAAGUU